UCUAGGUACUAUGCAUCCUGUGUAAUGACAACAUUUCAGGGUUUCUGUACCAAGGUAUAUCUGGAGUCUAGAAUUAGGAUUAUAAAUUAUAGCCUGGUCAAACAUGUCGAGUGUUCUUAAACGCAGCAUGGAUCGAGAAGGAUCACCUAUGAGCAAGAGAUCAAGGUCCGGGUAUGGACCAGAACAUGAUAUUCGCGAUAGAUUGAGCCCUUCAGACUUUGAAAGACGCGAUAGUUACGGAGGAAGCCGAGGAAAGUAUGAUCCACGCGAUGCCCCACCGGGUCCGCGUCCUGUUUACCGUUCUGAAUUUUUAGUUCACGAUGGCCCCCCGCCUAGACAAUUUGAAAAUCGUGCACCACCCCAGGGAGCACCAUAUCAAGCACAAACUCGGUGGUUACCAGAAAAUAAUGAUUAUAGAUCACUUUACAUUAGUGGUAUACCUAGCAAAGUUCCGGAUCAGAUUGUUAGAGAUUGUUUAAUUGACAACUAUAAAAGGUUUGGUGAAAUGAAUGUUAAAAUAACAAUGUCCAAUGAUCAGCGUGUUGCUUAUCUUAAUUUUCGUUAUCCAGAAGAUGCAAGGGAAGCCCUGAUGAAUGGCAUAAAGUUCUUGUUUGAUAGAGAACUUAAAAUCAAUCCGGUAUUUAACAAAAGACGCAAUCUUAGUCCCAGUCGCAAUAUUUUACCACCUGGUGGUAGCAACAGUGGCAGACUGCCAACAGAUCCUAGUUUUUACAGUCGACACUCACCACCACCUUAUGACCGAAGGCCACCACCUCCUGAUGUACCACCGUAUGGUGGUCGAGAUGACUAUCGAACAGGUCCCCCUCCUCCUGGAAGUUUACCACCUGAAGGUGAGAGAAAAAGUGAAAAAUUUCCUUAUCAUUUAGAUCAUGUUGAUCCAGAAUAUGAUGAUAAAGCAACUAGAACUCUCUUUGUAGGUAAUCUUGAUGUAAACAUAACUGAUUUUGACUUGCGGAAUAUUUUUGGGAAAUUCGGAAUGGUUGAAGAUGUUGACAUAAAAAGGCCCAUCCGAAAUACAGGAAAUGCUUUUGCUUUCAUCAAAUAUAUAAAUCUGGACUGUGCUCAUCGAGCUAAAGUAGAAAUGUCUGGAAAGUAUAUUGGUAGAUUUCAAUGCAAAAUUGGUUAUGGGAAAGUGACACCCACAACAGUUGUAUGGGUAGGUGGUCUUGGACCUUGGGUUACAGUUGAAACAUUAGAAAGAGAAUUUGACAGGUUUGGUGCUAUUGUACAUAUUGAAUGGCCAAGAAAUAAAAACUUUGCUUAUGUGGUUUAUGAUAGUAUAGAUGCUGCACAAGCAGCUUGUCAGCAAAUGCGUGGUUAUCCACUAGGUGGCCCAGAACGAAGAUUAAGGCUGGAUUUUGGAGAAAAAGAUCAUAUUAGCAGAAGUCACAGCUUGCCUGACUACCAUUAUCCUCCACCUAAAGACCGCACUUAUGGUCCCCCACCAGAGCGCCCACCAGGUCUAUGGAGAGAGACGCCACGUGGUCCCUUGGAGGGUCCAGAGCGACAGAGAUAUGAAGAAUGGCAGCGUGAAAAUCGUGAUUAUAGGGGACCACCACCUGAAGCUUACCGUGAUGAUGGUCGCAGACAUGAUGAAUAUCAUUAUGAAAGAAGACGGGAGCGCACUCCAGAUUAUGUUAAGGGUCCUUAUCAUGUAGGUGCUCCUCGAUCACCAGAAAGAGCAAGAGGAGACUACAGAGAUGACAGAGGCCCAUCACGUGAGGAAGAAAGACAUUUAUCUGAAAGAAGAGAUUACAGGGCACCUAGUCCUAAUGGGGAUUUUAUCGAUAAUCAAUGUCGUACAUUAGCGGAUUUGGCAAAGAUGUUACCAGUAGCUUGGAAUGGUGCUCUUAUUUUAAAAAGCUCUGCAUUUGCAACACGUAUGCAUGUUGUUGGAGGGGAUGUUACAUUGGUUGAUACACUUAUGCGAGAUCCGACAUCAACUGAAUCACCUGUUUUAAAAAUAACUCAGCGUUUACGGUUAGACCAACCUAAACUAGAUGAUGUUGGUCGCCGUAUUCAAGUUGCUGGGCCUCGUGGUCAUUGUAUUCUUUUAGCUAUGCCGAGUUCUCUAACUAAUUAUGAAGAUAGUGCAGCGCCUAUUCAGCAGCGUCCACUUAAAAAUCUUGUAACAUAUUUAAAGCAAAAAGAAGCAGCUGGGGUCAUCUCGUUGCCUCCAAUUCCAAUACAAGGAAAGAAAGAUGUUGGGGUUUUACAUGCAUUUCCUCCAUGUGAUUUUGGAUUUAAUUUUUUAAGGAAUCGAGCACCAAAAUUAUCUCCAGAGACAACAAAGGAAGAUUAUCUUGUUGUUGUUGUCGUCAAUGGAGCUGCUUAAGUAUUUUUAUCUCCCAUUGUUAAAUGAAUGCUGUAUGUGUACUAAAAUUUUAAAUUGUUACAGUUUGUUUUGUAAUUUUUAACUUCCAAUUUUCUGUAAUUAAAAACCUAAUCUUUUAAUUUUUGGCAGCUACGUAAAUAUUUUUCUAUUCUUAAAUUAUACUUCUCUGUAAUUAAGUUAGUAAGCCAUAGGGUGUGAUGCUGUAGACCUAGUGAAAUUACAAAAAUUAUAUUUAAUUUAUGCUAACCUGUUGUGCACUUUAAGCUGUAGUUUCAGUUUGGACUGUUUGAUUUUAAAACUAGAUAGGACCACACACCUACAAACACGCUAAAAUUGAAAAUGUUCUUGAUAAAUUCGCUCAUUUCUAAAAUAUCUAUAUUUUUAUUGGGUUAUAUUAUUACUUUAAAUAGCAGUAAUCAUUAUCUAUGAAUAUUAUAAAUAGGCCUACUUAGUUGUCCACAUAUUUUACAUUUGUAUGAUAGGAAGUCUAAUAAUAGAACCAUACCAUAAAACUAGUUUGUAAUGAAUUUAACUCUAACUUAACCCAUACCAUUGUAGAGCUAAUUUCAUAUAUUAUUAAACUAAUUUAAACUGCUAGUCCAAAUAUUGGAAUAAAAAAGAUCAACUCAGCUCUACUUAUAUUUCUUUUUUUUAAAAAGCCCCAAAACUUAAAUUACAAAAUGUGGUAUUUUUAAUUUUAAGUAGCAACGAUUUAACUAGACAAUGUAUUUACUGGUAUUUGAAUGUUUGGUUUUAAAUUGUAUGUACUGGGUGUGUAAUUUAUUGUUGAGAUUUCCUCUUAAAAUCAUUGUUUUUAUCAUAGGCUUAGGAUAAGGAGUAGAAUCUAAUAAACUAAAACAAUUUAGCCCUGUGUAGAAAUGUACAUUUUUAAAGGCUUUUAUUUUUACCAUAUUCAUUUUGAUGUAGAAACAAUAAUGUCUAACCAUAAUUCUUUCUCUGGAAUAAUCUUAAAAAUAUGUACAUUUUUCUACAAAUAUAAAUGUAAAGUAGAAGUACCUCUGUAUACAUUAUUGUAUAUACUUUUUUUGUGAGUUGUGGAAGGUUCUACAGGUGUUUUUGAAUCCCAGAUGCAUCUAGAUCUACCAUUUGGAACACAAACUUAGACAUAGUUGGCUCAUUUAUCUGGACUGGAUAUGCGUUUUUAUAUUUAAUUAUAAAGAAACCAGUAAUCCAAGAUCCAAGACUUUAAAAGUAUUUGAAGAAUCGAAUCGCACCUUGCCAGAGUGCUACCUCUGUGAAAAUUGAAAAACCAUUCUCGCUGAAACCUCCCCAGGAGCAUUCUCAACAACUUCCCAAAGUUUCAUGCCACUCUGAUAAAAGGUUCUACUGGUACACACAAGUCAAGGCUUCUGUUUAUGGAGAAAAUGUUAAUAAUUCAUGUAUUAGGCCAUUUCAUGGAAAUGUGGUGUAUCUUCGUACAUGCAGUGUUAUCAAUCUUGUUGGACAAAAUAAGGCAGUUUAAUUGUAUAUUAAUUCUUAAAAUGAUUUAUUGAUACAGGCACUGAACCAGUGAACUGUGUUAUUGGAUUAUUUUGUGCUUUACUGGGAAGUGGUCUUUAUAUUGUAGUGCUUUAAGUAUAUUAUGAUGUGAUUUCAUUGUUGUGGUUUUAUUCAUAAAGCAAAUCUAAUAAUAGUGCUAUACAUUUAUAAUGACUAGCUGAGAAGAAGUAUAGUAAGGGUAAUGUGCAAGAUUUCAUGAUUGCCAUUUUAAAAUAAUAGGUUUGUUGAACUGCAAUGAUGUGCAUGUGAAUAUUUAAUGCUUUUUUCCAUUUGUGGAGAUAGUGGUGUGUAUAUACAUGUUCUUUUCUUCAUUUGAGACCAAAGUGAAUCAUUGUGCAUACUAUAAUUUCUCAAGGAUGAUCCCACUUUUUAUUUCUAUAAAAGUUCAUUUUUCAAUGUUGUCAUUUGUUUUCCCCCCUAUUAUUUUUUAUAGAGCCCAUAUUAGUAUGCGGUGGUUUGUGUAUCCUUAGAACUAAUAGAUCAAUAAACAUAUUACUCUACUUGAAUACAGUAUGGAAUUUUGUGUAAGAUGUGAUCAGACAGCUCUAAUAAUCUGAGUGUGUUGUGGUUAAUUUUAAUCUGCGGUCAGUACUGUUAAAAAUGAAAAUGUGUUUUUGGUUACUAUGCAAAUUGUUCUGUAAACUGGCAAGCAUAAAAACACUAAGUGAUGGGGAUAUAAGUGGAAACAUUAAAGUUGUUUCAACUUGUAGCUAGACGCAUCUGGAUGUGAAUUCCUUUAGUUUAAUCCAGCCUUGUGGUGACUACUAGUGUUAUGGUUAGUAAUACAAAAUUUUGUGGUGUAUGGUGUGUUUAAUGAUAUUAGAAAACCUUGUGGUGUAAGGUGGCCCAUGCAUUUUAUAGUGAGUAAUACAAAACAUUGUGGUGUAACGUGGACCAUGCAUUAUAGUGAGUAAUACAAAACAUUGUGGUGUAACGUGGAACAUGCAUUAUAGUGAGUAAUACAAAACAUUGUGGUGUAACGUGGACCAUGCAUUAUAGUGAGUAAUACAAAACAUUGUGGUGUAAGGUAACUCUAGGUAUAUGGUAGUACACAACUUGUGUAUGGCAAAAAGCGUGCAAUCAGUAAAGUAAAAGUGAGAUUCGCUUAAAAAAUUUAAAGGUGGCAAUUAUAUUUUUAUGUUAAGAUCAUAGCCUACUGCAAAUAGUUUUCAGGUCUAAAACUAUAAACCUAUGAAUUCCAAAUCAAGGAAUUUACGUUUAACUAAAGCUUGGUUAUACAAUUUAAAAGAAAGGGUUAAAUAAUCAAACUUAACAGUAUUAAGUAUUUAUAUCUGUAAAUAAUUGUUAAUAGCUAUGACUGUGAUACUCCACUGCUAAUUUGGACUUGAUCAAGGGUAGGCCUGCUAAAUGGCAUCUAGUCCAGGUUUCUAAGUCAUCUGUUUUCUGCAGGUGAUAUUAAAAGUGGACAACCUUGUUUGUAUUUUGUUCCAGAGUACCAAAAUGGAGAACAAAAAAUUAAGGAUUUGUUUCCGUAGCAUUAUAUUUAAUGAAAAUUAAUGGCAUAUAAUGUAGAUCUACUUGGUUUUGACUUCUGUGGAUGGAAGUUGUUUUUAGGUACCAAGACAGUUGAACUAAAUUAAACGUUUUAAGUCAUAAAUAUAUUGGUCGUUUGUGCCUGCAGAAUUGUUUGUAACAAGGAUUUAUUCUGUGGUUCAGGUAGGCAGUAAACUAAAUGUAUAUUUGAAUUAGUUGGGUGGAACAACUUGAUUUAUUCUGUAGUUCAGGUAGGCAGUAAACUAAAUGUAUAUUUGAAUUAGUUGGGUGGAACAACUUGAUUUAUUCUGUAGUUCAGGUAGGCAGUAAACUAAAUGUAUAUUUGAAUUAGUUGGGUGGAACAACUUGAUUUAUUCUGUAGUUCAGGUAGGCAGUAAACUAAAUGUAUGUUUACAGCAGGGCUGUCCACUAAUUAGGGUGAUAAUGCCCUCCAAAAAAAAUUAAAUGUCUUCGCAAAUUAAAGGGAAGGGGUUGUUGCAGUUCCUUUUUAAAAUUUUGCUUGUGGCAACUCAGGUUCAUGGUCUAUAUCUAAUCUAGAACAAGUAAUCUAAUCUAUACAUUUGUUCUCCAAGCAGCCUACGAAGAUCUAGAUCUAGGCACAAAUCUCAAUUACAUCUAGAUCUAGUCAAGUUCUUUAAAAUAAAUCGUGGAGUGAGAAUGUAACCGAUUACCAUCAUUAUUGAAAAUGAAAGUGUAGCGAUGAUGUAAAAUUUAACUUCAGUCGAUUUUAUAUUUAUCUGAUUUUUUUUUGGUCAUAAAUAUUGAAAGUAACUUUAGUAACUGACAAGAUCAUCUUUUGGGGGAAAUAUAUGCAUUUGUUUCUUUUUCUUAAAUUGUUUUUGGGUUGUAGGCAGCCCUAAAUACGUGAUUACAAAAUUUUUUACGAAGCAAAUGGUAGUCUGUCCCAGCUUUAUUUAUCUCCCCCUUGCCCUACGGUCCUUAGGGCGGGAGAAGUAGAGUUCACCUGUUUCAGUGACCGAUGUUCCCAUCGAACAUUAAUUGUAUGCAUCAUAUUCAUACAAAUAUUAUUUAUGUACGACAACCAAGUCUACUGGUGUGGAUGUCUGUCCACAUGGGCUCGAACAUGAAAAUCUUAAAUAGAUUAGAUACCCAAACAGAGGCGUAGCGACCCUUCCCGGCGCCCGGGGACAUACUUUCAAUUUGGCGCCCCCCUCGGGAGCAAAUUUUCGAUUUGC